GUCUCAAAAGUUGAAGAGCGCGUGACCUCAUUUCCGGCGGAAGCGUGCGAGAGCGUUUCCGGUUUAGAGUACGGUUGAUUGGAAUUCAUUGACGGAUCCGAACAUGUCUCACACAAUCUUGCUUGUUCAACCAACAAAGAGGCCUGAAGGAAGAACAUAUGCAGACUAUGAAUCUGUCAAUGAAUGCAUGGAAGGAGUUUGUAAAAUGUAUGAAGAACACUUAAAGAGAAUGAACCCCAACAGUCCAUCCAUAACUUAUGACAUCAGUCAGUUGUUUGAUUUCAUUGAUGACUUAGCAGAUCUUAGCUGUUUGGUGUACCGCGCAGACACUCAGACAUACCAGCCCUACAACAAAGACUGGAUCAAAGAGAAGAUCUAUGUUCUGCUCCGUCGGCAGGCUCAGCAAGCGGGGAAAUAGGGAGACAGUGAGGAGAGCUGACAUGUACAGCGGACAUCAGAGGGUGUUUUGUUUUGUAAUAUAGUGGUUUUGUGUUUUCUUUAUGCUUAAGCAGACAGAAUUUUAGAUCAAAUUUGUCAGAUGUCGGAAGCAUUUCCUUUUUUAUUGAACCAUGUUUGAGCCAACCAGUAAUGUCUGUCUGGUUGUACUUUCCCUACAAAUCACUGAAGUUCAGCAGUGCUGGUGGUGUAGAGCUGGGCUGUUUGGUGAUCUUGGCACCCCCUUGUUUUGGUUAAGGUAUGCCCUAAAUCAAAUAUUUUAGAAACCUUUAAUAAACUCCUAAUAAGUUGAUAG